CCUAUCCACUUCUCAGUCCCACUUUCCCCCACCCAAGUCCCACACCCACACGCCACACCCUUCCUCUCUCACACACUACACACACCUCUCUCUCUCUCUGUCUCUCACACACACACACACAGUCACGGCUCGCAAGGUAAAACCCACAUUACCAUCAGUCGUCCAUGGUCUUUAUCUGAAAAGAAAAACGAAAAAAGGAAAAACUUCAAGCAUCAAGAAUCCAAGAUCAAAAUUUUUUCUCCUAUCAAAGGCGCUGCUUUUGGGCGCAAAAAAGCUCUGCUCAGCUACAGUAAUGGCGGACGGAAUUACCCUUUGAUUCUUGCUUAAAUUCCGAACCAGCCCUUCAUCUCCCUAGAUUCCACCUACCGUUGGAUACAAGAUACCGUCCCCAUGGAAGUCAUUUGACCGGCUUAACUCAUCCAUUUCUCUUUUUUCCCUAACACUUGAUAGCAACUAUUUUUUGCUGCAGGGCGCAGUGUGUAUAUAAGCACUUGCGAUUUUGUGAAUAUGGAUUUUGCGGAGGAGGUAGGGGAGAGCUCGUCGCCGCCUCGGAGCUACGGCAGUUUCGGCGGCGGCGGGAGUGGUGGUGGCGGUGGUGGAGGAAAUGAUUUGAUCAGGGACGAGGUUUACAGUCGAUUGAUGGAGAAUAGGAAUGAGGAGGCGAUUAGUAAUCCUGAUUUUCGCGAGCAGUUGGAAGCUCACUUCAAUCGGCUGCCUCCAAGUUAUGGGCUUGAUAUCAACAUGGAUAGAGUGGAAGAUGUGUUGUUGCAUCAAAAGCUUCUUGCAAGGGCAAAGGAUAUCGAUAAUCAACCUGUUUUCCACAUCCGUUUUCUGGAGAACGUUUGUACUAGAAGUGAUGAGUCUGAUGGUGAACCAGUUCCAGGUCCUCUUGUCUCAUUUCCACGCAAUAAUGCCAAUAAUGGCGCCCAAUCUUUACAGGGAAGGAAUUCUGGGGGUGAGUUUGAGACUUGCACUAAACUUGAGGAUCUAAAUUUGGAUGUUAGGAAGAAUUCAAAUGGCACAAACAAUGAGACUUCUGCUGAAGAUCCUAUCUCAAGGCAGGAAGAAUUGCACACACCAGUUCACGAAGUGAUAUUUUCAACUCUUGACAAGCCGAAACUUCUUAGUCAGCUUUCUGCUUUGCUGUCUGAUAUUGGACUUAACAUUCGUGAAGCUCAUGUAUUUUCUACGACCGACGGUUACUCUUUAGAUGUAUUUGUUGUUGACGGAUGGCAUGCUGAGGACUCAGAAGGAUUAAAUGAAGCAGUGAAGAAAGCAAUUGCUGGAUGCGAGGGAUCAUGGUCCGGUUCUUCUCGCUCUCACUCAAUCUUGGAAAGAAUCAUUGGGGAGCAAACGAAACAUGAAGAUUGGGAAAUCGACUGGAGAUUGUUGAAGAUGGGCGAAAAAAUUGCUGCCGGAUCUUGUGGAGAUCUGUAUCGUGGAGUGUAUCUUGGUCGGGAUGUUGCUAUUAAGGUCCUAAGGUCUGAGCAUCUGAAUAAAUCUCUGGAGGCUGAGUUUGCACAGGAGGUUGCUAUUUUAAGACAAGUACACCAUGAAAAUGUUGUACGUUUCAUCGGGGCUUGUACCAAAUUGCCACAUUUAUGCAUAGUAACAGAUUACACGCCUGGAGGGAGCCUGUAUGAAUAUUUGCACAAGAAUCAUCACGUGCUGAAGCUCCCUCAGUUGCUCAAGUUUGCCAUUGACAUCUGCAGAGGCAUGGAGUACCUACACCAGAAGAAUGUUAUUCAUCGGGACUUAAAGACUGCAAAUUUGCUCAUGGAUACUCACAACGUUGUUAAGGUGGCGGACUUUGGGGUUGCUCGGUUCCAGAAUAAAGGUGGGGUUAUGACAGCAGAAACGGGAACGUAUCGAUGGAUGGCACCUGAGGUGAUAAAUCAUCAACCUUACGACCAAAAAGCAGAUGUUUUCAGCUUUGCGAUUGUUCUAUGGGAGCUCGUCACAGCUAAGGUUCCUUAUGACACCAUGACUCCUCUGCAAGCUGCCCUUGGGGUGAGACAGGGUCUACGACCUGAACUCCCAAAAAGCGCGAAUCCCAAGUUAUUAGGCUUAAUGCAGAGAUGUUGGGCAGCACUUCCUAGCGAUCGACCUUCCUUUAGUGUUAUAUUAGUCGAACUCGAGGAACUUCUUGAGGAAGUAAAGGGUACUCGGAACUCACCCAACGGCUGCUGUUAGUAUAUAUAUAAAUAUAUAUUGACCAUACACGAAUGCCUCGACGUACUUUGAUACUAACUGGUGAUAAUACUUUUCCUUUUUCCUUUUUCAAGUAGUCUUUACUCAUUCCGGGCUCUUCACAUGGAUAUAGAGAUGAAUUUUCUUUUACGCGGCUGCUGAGACACUCGUCGGGAUGAAAACAAUAUCGGUAUUAUAGCAAAAAUGUAGUUGGUAACAAUUUUGGAUGGGUAAGUUUUAUCAGAAAUGCUUGUGUACCUGUCAAGGAUAUUUUGUUUGUAACUUUUGUAUCCUCUGGUUUUAUUUCUAGUCAUUCUCCCUAAAGAAAAGCAAACUUCAUAGAAAUGAUAUCUAUUGAAUAAAUAACAUGUGUUAAGUGGUGAUGUUAUAUUUGUAAAUGUAUCAAUCAUCCAAAAAAUACGAAGUAGCAUAAAAACUGAGUUUGGCUUGACUCGUUUGGUAAAUGAGUCGAGCUUGAGUUCCUUAAAGCUUGUUUAAUUAACG